GAUGUUAUGUGGCUGAAACUUUUCGCUUCUCUCGGCCUUUAUAUUUGGUGUUAUGAGAUCUGCGAAAGCGACGCCAACGUUGCUACUGCAGACAACGAUGAAAUGAAGCGAUAUGAUGAACGAGUCUUAAAAAAUUCUUGCACGUAUCCGCAGAAGGCUUUCGACAUUUUAAUUAAAAAAAUGUGUCCAAUUGCUGAACCAUUUUGUAUUAUUGAUAAACCAUUUGAUUCGUUGUCACAAAUGCAUUUCAGAUGUGCAACAGCACUGCAUAGAGAAAACAAUAGAGUUCUUGUUCUCAAUUCAUCUGAACUCUUAUCAAUUAUUGCUGAUGACGCGGAAGAAAUGGGUCUACCUCGUUGUAUGUUAACGGCAUUCAUUUCACCUGAAUGUAUUUUUACUGCUCGUAUGGCACAGUAUUUUAAUGUGCUUCCUCUAUUGUUUCCGCAAUUAAGAAUCGUCGCAAUUGAUGCAACAAUUUUUAGCAAGUUCUUCAGAUUGAAUAGUCGUUAUGGGAUUUCCGGGACACCGACUAUUAUUCUUUGGGUGGACGGUGUCGCAUUGGCUCGUAUGGAUGAAGCUCCUUUUUCAGUUAAGGCUUUUAAAGAUUUCAUACAAAGAUGGACAGAUCUUGAAUAUGCAUCAAAUUUUCGUUUAGAUGUCAAUAGCAUUCCUGGCCCUUUGUCAAGUAAGUUGGAUUUGUACUGGAUUAUAAUGAAUGCGUUCGUCGUUUGA